GAGCCGGCAUAAUUCUCACUCCCGUCGCUCAAUGGAAGGAAAAAAAUCAAAAUCAAUUGAAGAACGUGAAGAGGAAUAUAAGAAAGCUCGAUCAAGAAUAUUUAAUCAUGGUUCGUUAUCAUCUCAAUCUUCAGCAUCCUCUAAAGAUGGCGAGUCUAUUUUACCUGGGUUCACUGAUGUGUGAGUAUGGUAUUCCUUAAUAUCCGUUUAAGAGCGAUACUUUAGCACUUGCCUGGGGCAAGUAAAAAUCAUUGCUGGCAACCAAUAAGUUGCUUCUUGAUUGCCAGAUCGAGCAAGUUGUUUUUUGCCAGAAAUCAAUAGUUACACUAAAUUGUUCGCUUGUUUAUGUUAUUGCAUUCUGUUAUUGUCUUUUGGAUUCUGCUGAAGAAAACAUAAGAUUAAAAUGGUGAUUAAUCGAUCUUUACUGCAAUAAUCACUGGGAAAAAAUUGUGAAAUCCAUACUAUGACGUUUGCAAUUGCACCACUAAACCCGUAGUAUAAUAUAUCCAUACUAUUUGGAUACUACUGUACCUGUAUAUCCUUAGUAUGGAAAUAUGGAUAAUCAAAAUCCAUUCUACAGUAUUUCCAAUAAAAGUGAAUCUUAUGCCCUGAUAUUAGAAUGUUAGGGUUUGUGAUCCAAGUGAGAAUAUAUACAUUUUAAGACCUAGCCAGGAACGACUGCGCAAAAUGCAGCACAAGGUUCUCUGGUAGGAAUUGAACCUACGGCCCUAUGGCAUGUCGUAAAACUAGCUAUAAGUAACACCCACUGCCCAAUAUCGUCCUUGGCAUAUGCCUGUCGUUGGAGAUACUGUAAGCAAGAGUUACCUACUGUAGACUCCUAUCGUUGGUAAUUUAUUAACUACUUGCCUACUUAUCCCAAUCGAAGCAACUAUUCAUUUGUCUUAAGUCAUCACGUGAUGAAAGUAAAUCAAUUUUAAAAAUUCAUAAACUUCAGAUAUAAAGAAUACGUUACAUAUAUUAUCGGGAAAUUCCAGUGUACAUUUUAUACAUUUAAUUAGACCAAACAAGGAGCAGCUGGGAAAAAUUGUUAGCUGCAAUUGACCAUUUGCGCAAUAGACUAAAUUUUGAACUAAACAAGUCUACACAAAAAUUUCAUCACAGCUUGAAGGAGCAUCACAAAAUUAGUAAUAUUCCGAAGUUUCGUUGCAAAAUGUUGUAAAAUGCGGAAAAUAUAGCCUUGCGAAAUUUGCAAUUUUCAGUCAUUUUAGAUUACAAACGAGAAAUUGACAGCCCCAAACCCUUCGAGGCUGUCAAUUUCCGGUUUGUAAUCUAAAAUGACUGAAAAUUGCAAAUUUCGCAAGGCUAUAUUUUCCGCAUUUUACAACAUUUUGCAACGAAACUUUGGAAUAUUACUAAUUUUGUGAUGCUCUUUCCAGCUGUAGUAAAAUUUUUGUUGAGAUCAAAAUUUAGUCUAUUACGCAAAUGGUCAAUUAAUUGCAUAAAAUUUACAGUCGAAACUCCUUGAACAUUACAGUAGUUGAAUCGAGUGAGAUGCCCCCAAAUCUUGAUAUUUCUACAUACUGUAUAUUAUCGCAUCUCUCUAUAAGGUUAUUCUUAGGGCAGGAUGUGGUUUCAUGUUGUUACAACCAUCUAAUGGAAGUGUCUUCCUUUCAUGUAGUGAUAGUGAAAAUGAGAAGUCGAGAAGUAUCGAGUAUUCAGAAAGUGUUGGUGAUGCGACUGUGGAUAUGCCGCAGCCAGGUUAGUGCAGGCUGGAUCAGUGAAUUCUAAGUAAACUGGAACGAUAACUCCAGUGAUCAAGUCCUAUGAUUGGUUGAAACCAAAUUUGAAGCUAAGCGUGGGAGCCGCGCAGGAUAAAUUAACUUCAAAAGGACUAGGGAGGUUUCGAAGUGCGGGAAAUUCAGUCAAAAGUUUGUUUUUGAGCGAAAUUUAGCAUUUUAUCAAAAGGCUUCAAUUUUGAAGAUAAUUCUAAGUAUUUUACAUUUACAUCCACUAACAGCAAAAACGUCCUGGGUAACAGUUUCCUGUUUAAAAUAUUACACAAGUUUGAACGUGCCGAAAAAAACUUCGCACUUUUGGAAAACAACUUUAAAACUGCUCUACGGUCCGGAAAUAUGUUAUAUGUAUAUAUAGUGCUCGAAAACAGAUAUCUUUUAGAUGACGUAUUUUCCACUCCCUACAUGGCGGCGUUCAGUUUGGCUUCAAAGAUGGCGGCCAAGUUGUCGUCCGAGUCCUUUUAGAGUUCACUGAUCUGGAUACAGUGCAGAUAGUGGUCGGACUUGCCGAAAGACAUUUUGAAGAAAGAAUAUUUUGCAACCGAUUUUUUUUCCAAUUGUUUUUUUUUGUUGAUAGAAAUCGUGAGUGUAAAUUUUAUACAUUUUUAGACCUAUGACCAGGAGCAGCUACGAAAAAUGAGACGCACGUUUCUCAAUUUCUGCCAGAGGGCCUAUUCUGCAUUUUUUCGCAGCGGCUACUGCAUGGUUUUAUGUGUAGAAUAGAAUAGAAUAGAAUAGAAUAGAAUAGAAUAGAAUAGAAUAGAAUAGAAUAGAAUAGAAUAGAAUAGAAUAGAAUAAUUUAUUUAAUGUCGAAUUACACAGAGUGUGGUUACCCAAUCACUCGAGCCAGACAAAAAACUAAAAUGUAUAAAGUUUGCACUAGAGAUCUCCAUUUACAAAAACCCUCCAACAUUUAGUUCUAUCGAGUGAGAUGCCUCAAAUCCUGAUUUUUGCGAAUGAGGAAUUUAACUAACGGACUUCUUCGUUGAAUGUUAUUUCUGGUAACUACGAUUCUGAAAACAUUUGUUUAACCCAUUAAGCGCAGCGCUCCCCCCUUUGGCGAGUAAAAUCGUCUUGCGUUAGACAGAGUAAAAUAAUAAAGUAGGGUGCAAAGCAACUUACUGGUUUAACCAGAUACAUGAGCAGACUGUCUGAUUAACUCAUUAAACGUCAGAGCUUUCUUGACGAGCAAAAUCUGGCGAUAGGCAGAGUAAUAAUAAUAAAAUAGGGAGCAUUGUGGCGCAAUGCGAGUUGAUAUUUUACGAAAAAGAGGUUCACAGAUAUUUGGUUACUCUAACUUUCACUUGCAGCACAUUAAUAGAAACCAGCGAAAAAGGUUCCACAGUAACAUUGCUAUUUAGAGUCUUGCUUUUUAUGUAUAUCGUAUUAUACAUAUUACUCACUAUAUUUAUAUUACUCACUAUAUUUAAACACAGUGUACAAUUCGUGUUCGGAAAUAAUACGUCAAAAAUAUAUGCUGUGAUUAUCUGUUAUGAGCCAACGAAAAAAGUCACUGAAAGGAUACUUCUUUUUAUUGUUUUCUUGUAGCUGUUAGAGUGUUGACAAACAGGUCAAGAUCGCCAGACGAUCUCCCAAAACUAGCUCUGGAAGUUGGUUCAAACAUGGACGCCAGUUCGUCUGCAUCUUCAGCGACUCUACCAACAAUUGGGACUGACUGGAAUUUAGACUCCAGUGUCCUCACUCGGUCCGUGGAUACUACCACUGCUUCAAUUGAAGGCAUUCCUUAUAUAACCAGAAAUAUACCCGGGACUGAUGGUGCUGGAAGGGCCAAUAUGGUGGAAAUGAUCCCGCAACUGUCUCCAAAUCAAACAGGUACCGUAAACAACUGAUAAAUCUCGCGCUUUUGAGACACUUUAAAAUGUAAUAUUGGAACCCCAUUAAAAGAAAGACUGUAGCUGCAGGUCAAUGCUAAUGUGGCUACAAACACAAUGCCCGCUGAUCUAAAAUACCACAUCUAUGUUAAUCAAAAGUAGUCAUGCAGUGUCCCAGUAAAGCAUAGGGAAAAAUUAGGGGGAGGGAGGCAGGAAGACAUUCGCCCGACUUUUUUGAAUUUUGCCCGACUUUUUAACAAAAAGUUUUCCAUGUAAAAGUUAUGUAAAAUUCCCAACGUAUGCACUAAAGUUUCAGAGACCUACUGAGAAUAGUGUUACGCCCCUUGUUACUUUGCCAUUUAGGUUCUCUGUUAAAAUAUUAUGAAGGUGUUUUAGGUGGUGUUGUAUGGACUCUGCCAGAAAACCAGGCUACAUAUCCUCCGGGACAAGGCCCGAUCUUUCCUGCACACGAAGCUGCAGGUAUGUUCUUUCUGACAUACUAGACACUCUAUUCAGCGUGAUGUUACUGGGGUAUGUUGGGUGCUGGUAGUACUACCAUGGGUAAAUCAUUGAAUAGUUGAUAGUCGAUAUUUAUUCACGCUAGCCUCAACAACAUUACAAGCUGAUUUUCAUGAGGAGCGUGAUUUAGAACUAUUUACAGGAUUUAUUAUUAGCAUGACAAAAUUACUGGAUGCUGAUUGGUUGAGAGGAGUACAAUUAUUUCAUUAAUUGUACUGCAGUACAAUUAAUGAUUUUCCCAAAACAAACAAAAUGGCGGAAACGUAUUUUAAACACAAAUGUGAAAUGAAAUUGCCGUGGAGGAACUAGAUGAAAAUACGAACAAAAGCACCAAAUUUUGCUUGAACAAAAGAACUAAAUGAAAAUACAAACAAAAGCACCAAAUUUUGGUUCAAAGUCUGGCAGGACUGGGCUUUGGCGAGAGAAUAUGAUGUUGACAUUGAGAAGUACGUAUCCAAUUUUGUCAUGCUAAUAAUAAACAAGUAACUCGCCCCGGCGGCUCGUCCAAUUUUGGCAAAAUUUCCAAACAUACGUACUAUUAAUCCCUAAUUGUACUCGCCAUCGCAUGAUUACCUAUACAAAACACAUUAGCAACAAGUGAAUAAUAGCACAGUUGUACUGCUUAGAGGUUAAUAUAUUUUGAUGAGCCAGAUUCAACAAAUUCUCUGAUUCAAAAUUGUUUUGAAAGAGCUUAACGAUUCUGAAUUUUUUGCCUCCUGGGGAAGAUUGUUCCACAGUGAGACCCCAUUAUAGUUAAAGCACCUCUUGCCGAAUUCUUUCUUUGGCAUAAGAAGUGCUAAGUCAGUUUCUCUAUUUCUGAGAUUGUAAGAAUUAUCUAUUUCGUUGUUUGAUCGAAACGAUUCUUUCAGAUUAUGUGCGGCAUGAAUAUGUAAACAGGAAAACUCCUAGUGCAGUGUCGUAUGCAUGCUGUACUACAUAGUAGAAUGUGGGGAAUGCAAUUAUUAAAAGAAGUAUUACAUACUGUGUCCAGUGAGCUCCGUAUAGAACUGGAGUAGGGUAUUCCGUAUUUGGCCUAUGCGAAAAGCGAAGCAAAAACGGUGUAAAUUAAAUGAGUUGUUGGACAUUAGUUUCAGUAUGCUGCGCGGCCAUAAAAGUAAACAUGGCAUCAUAAUAAAGAGUGAUUCACGAAUUUACGCUUUAAGUUAAAAUUGCGCCGACAAGUACUACUGUAAGGUGAAUGAAACUGACGUCCAAUAACUCGCUUACAGCACCUAGAUCUUACUUCAGAUAUAUAUAAAAAUAUAUAGAGCUCACUGUUUGUGUCCAAUAACAGAGAUAAGAGCAAGCUUAAAUUUAAUGCAGCGAGAAGGUGUUGUCGACGCUUUCUUUCAGCAAGAUCACGGCUCAUCACCUGAGUGAAUAAAAUCAUUUGCUGUUCGGCAUAAAUUGGUCCCUUCCCCUUUAAAGGCCUGUUUACACCUGCAAUAUUUGCUGCAAUUUCUAAUGCGAUUUCCCUAUUCUGAUGAAUGUGAACGAGUUAUGAAUGUUCGAAUUGAGAUGAGGGUACACAUGCUUCGAACAUUAAAGGACAUUGGCAAUAAAAAUUGGUUUGUCUCAUUCAAAAGAACUCUUAAAAUUAUAUAUUAAACUCUAUUACAGAUUUGUCACAUCUUGCUUUGUUCUCGAAAUAUUUAGACCGAAAUUAAUGAGCUUUCCGCCAUUUUGGAAAAAUUCUUUAAUUAACCAUAUAAAACUACUCUUAAAAUGACCGAGUAACAAUCCAAAAUUGUUUGAAAUGUUUUUAAUCAUUUCUAAAUUUCAGACAGCAACCAGAAACGAAAAUUUGGACUCAUUUUAAUCGCUUACUCUCAAGAUAAAAACUUAGCGUGACCCCUCUCUUGACGUAACAUGCAUAUCCUCAAUAAUCAAAGAUGGCGAACAGCUCAAUUUUUUCAGUCGAAAUAUUUUGAAAACUAAGCAAGAUAUAAACAAUCUGUAAUAGAGUUUAAUAUACAGUUUUAAGAGUUCUUUCAAAUGAACUAAACUAAUUUUUUAUUGCCAAUGUCCUUUAAUAGUUUAUUCACUCGUUCACAUUCAUCAGAAGAAGAAAAUCGCACUAGAAAUCGCAGCAAAAAUUGCGAGUGUAAACGGGCCUUGAUGCGAUUAAACGUUCAAAUUGUAAUAAUGAUUCCGAGCCACACGGUUCAUCUAGAUAAAUUUUAACAUCUUGGACUGAGAGGUUACCAUGGUAUUAAUUUCCUCUUUUUAGGCGGACAAAUGGUUGGCCCUGACAGUUUUCAACCCUCUGCAGUAGGAAUGCAACAAGGUGUUGCUCCAACAUUUUUCUUCCCAAAUCAACCCACCCCUGCAGGUCCUACCUAUCAAGGCCAGCCUGCGCCAAGACAGCCAACACCGCCAUUACAACAGUCUCAAGGUGGUUUUCCAAGUCAAAUACUACCUGUGGCUGCACAAUUUGUAAACCCAGCGACCUUCUUCCCGAGAAUUUAUAACCAGCAGGUAUGUUCUACAGAAGUUUCAAGUACUAUAUACUAAGUUGUUGGUAGUUAUCCUGUGAGAAUAGGGUUGACUUACUGGUACUGUAUAAUCGUGUUAGGUGGUUUCUGUUAUCGCGGACGCGUGUUGUUCUAUCUAAAGCCUGGUUUCGAUAUGGUCGUAACGGUCGUAAAGAUUGAGUCGCGAUCGUUCUCAUCAGCCUAAAUACAACAUUUUAGAACUGAAAAUACGCGGAGUGAUUAUAACUAGAGAAUACAUAUGAUUUAUGUACUAUUUAAAAAACGAGCAGGAGUGUUUUAUUAGGUUUAAAGCCACGAGCGCGCAUAAUAAGUCAAAUCUUUAUAUAAAAAUCUUUAUAUAAAAAUCUUUAUAUAAAAAUCUUUAUAUAGUUUGCAUAACAAUGGUCUUUUGUUGAAGUGUUCUUUAGCUGGUAUAAAGACGUAUGCACGUGACUAAUUUCUUACUCAAUAUUGGAUAAUUGCUUCAUGAAUUAUUAAUGAGUUUUUGAAAUGUGGUUUACAGGUAUCAACUAUUAUAAACUGGCCGUUGAGAAAGAUCGUGACUCUAUUUUUACGACCAUUAAGACCAUAUCUUAACUCUUAAGGUGUAUAUUUUUGGGCAUUUAAAGCCCCUUCCCCCCCCCCUAAAGUGGUAACAUUGCUCUUUGUAUACUCUGUUAAUACCGUCAUCUUCAUCCCUCGUGGAUACCGUCAUCUCUACUCAAAACAUAACGCUUGUUGGUGUUAAUAACUCGUGAGUUAUCCUAGACACUAGACUGAAGUGUCGAAACCUUGGGUCUUGAAUGUAAUGUGUUCGUGGAUUUUAUUAAACCAGAAUAGCGAAACAAUGGCAGCACAGUUUCUUUUGAAACUAUAGUUUACAUCUUCAGUACGAAAGAGAUUACGAUAUAACUUUAUUUCCAUCUGUAGGAUUUGGAGAUGUUGCCUACACAACAAAAUAAUGUUCCAGCAAAUGCUCAAGGUGUGAUGACUCCAAACACAGGGAGUCCAUCAUCGAACUACCAAGAACUGAACAGUCAGUUUACUGGAAUGUCAAUCAGUCCUGCCGAACAACAAGAGAAUCCUGGAUUGACAAAACAACGUGGUGGUAGUGCUUUCCCUCCAAGUUCUACUCAACAAUUUCCUUCAGGUCAACCCUUGCAGUUCGUAGUGUACCGCAAUAUCUCGGGGGCUAUGGUUGCGACCCCAGUUUCAAACCACGGUCAAGUAAACCCUGCAUAUGUAUACCCUUCCCCAACACCCCAUGCAUAUACGCAACAAGGAUAUAAUGCUCAAGUGUUUAACCAAGUGUACCCACAACAACAUUUUAACCAAGGGUUUGCUUUAGGAGAACAAACUUUACUAACACAACGAAGUGGUUCUCAUACCCCUCCUCCUCAGAGUGGACCCCCUUUGAAUACAAACCCGGGGUUUAUACAACAUGUUCAAGCAAUGCCAGUGACUCCUUCCCGGCCGCAAGUGCCUACCCAGGUAUUAAACCCCGGUAUGUUGCAUGCUCGUCUUAUGAACCCUUAUGGAGUCCAAGGACAACAAGUUGUUCAUAUUCCUGCAGGACAACAAUUGUUUGGUUAUACACAAGUACCGUACGGACAAAACAGACCAAACUUACAGCAGCCUCCAAGGUAUAAGCCGUAUGCAGAGAAAGGAAAUCAUAAAUCUAAUGAUGUUUAUAUUCCUGAAUCAAGUAAUUUAAGACGACCAUCACCCAGCGAUUCACCACGUGGUAACACUUCCUCUGGUCAGAACAGAAGGUCUAGUGGUGGCUCAGGCAAGGGACAUGGCAAGAGUGAUGUACAAAGGUGAGUUGAUAAUCAUAUACGUAGGUCUUUCUCCUCCGUGGAGGUUUCUGCUUCUCUGGAUGGCACUACACAGAUGAGUAGGCGGAUAUUUUGCAGUAAGGGGG